GGUUCUGGAACAUAUUCUCCUGCUUGAAACUUAUACAAAGGACUCUAUACCCGCACUUCAUAAGAUAAGGAAAUAUCUUGUUGAGGCAACUGAAGAAGCAUCGAUUGCAUAUAAUAAAGCAUUAAUUGUUAGAAGAUUAAUUUGUGUGUUCGCUCAGAGAUUUUUGGUCCAAUCUCUUCAACUUUUUGCUUGGAUUUCAGGUACUAAAAACAUCGAAUUCGUAAGAUAUGUCUUGGCACCAUCGAGUGUGGAUGUAUGAUAGGUUGAAUCCAACAAGAGGGGGUAUUAAACCUGAGUUUUAUGACAAGGUUGAGGAUUUUAUAGAAACGAUUAGUAAGUUAGAUGUUGUGAAGUCGGAAGGAAAGUGUAGAUGCCCAUGCGUUAAGUGUAGAUGCACAAACUAUAAAGAGCUGAACAUUAUUAAGAUGCAUUUGUGGGAAAAGGGGUUUAUGCCAAAUUAUUGGAUUUGGACAGAACAUGGAGAGAUUGAUGACAUAGGGAUUAAUCAGAUGGGAUUCAAUAAUUGUGGGGAAGGUGGUUCAGGAAGUGGUGCAAAUGUGGAAGAAUGUGAUAUGUAUGACAUUAGCUGGGAAGAUAACUCCAGAAGGUAUCAUGAAAUGGUUUUCGAUUCUGUUGGUCCAGAGGAUCCUCAUGUAGAGGCUAAAAACUUUUUUGAUCUUCUUGAGGCAACUCAAAAGCCUUUGUGGGAAGGUUGUGUGCACUCUCAA